AUGCUUCAUUUUUGUUUAUGGAAAGAUCAUGAAAAACUUUUUGAUGACAAAAUAAGAAAUGAAGUCAUGUGGAACAAAAUUGUUGAGUUCUUUAAAGAUAAAGGUUACAUAUUUACAGGCAAGCAAGUUGAAAAUAAGUGGAAAAACUUACGAAAAACUUAUAUAAAAAUAAAAGACAACAAUUCAAAGUCUGGUGCAGCACUUAAAAAAUGCAAAUAUUAUGACGAGAUGGAUGAAAUAUUUGGAAAAUCUCACAGCAUACAACCAGUGGCUAUUGCAUCAAAUUUGCAAGGUGUUCAAUUUAAUUAAUUGCAGGAAGAAUUAACAUUUGAUGAGGAUAACAAUGCACCACCUUUAAAAAGGACAAAGCAACUGCAUGAAUUGACGGAAUAUUUGCAUGAACAAGCACAGCAAAGAAAAAGAAAAACAUAGCAAAGAGAAGAUGCAAGAGAGAGAAGACACAAAGAAAUAAUAGAACAGCAAAAACAAGCUUUGGAUAUUUAUAAAACUGUAAUGGAAAAGUUGUUGGAGAAAUUGUAG